CACGCACCCAUCAAUUGAAUCAAAAAAUAACCUCAAAAUGAAAAAAAUGUGAUAAAUAUGAGAACCACAAUCCGACUUGUCGUAGCUGGCUGCAUUAAUGAUGACGACGGAAUAAAAAAUCGCUGUUCUCCACUAAUAAAACAAUAUUAAAAGUACAAAAUAAACAAAUUAUACAUAUAUUUUUUUAAACAAAACAAAAAGCAAAUAAUGUCGGCCAACCAAUAAAACUACUAAUACGAAAAUUCCCCUGGAAAACAAAACGAAAUCUGCAAUUAGAACAACAAAGCAACAGCAUUUUGAAGCAGCAGACCAAAGGCCGACGGAAGACGGGUUCUAAUAAUCAUGGAACUGCAUUCAUAUGCCAAACGUAGGGCCUCCAAGAAAUGGACAAUUGAACAAAAACGCAAAUUAGUCGAGGCUCGCAUCAAUUAUGAUUCCUGGUUUAACAGCAAACCCAGCAACAGUGUAGUGCCUUGGAAAAAAGUUUUAAGUGUUGCUAAAUUGGAUGAUUUCAAUGUGUUUUUUGUUCGCAAACAAUGGUCCAAUAUGCUUACCAGAUACAAACAGUACAAGCAAUCCCGUCUGGAUGGCAUUGCUACGAAUAAAGCAAUUCACGCUGAAAUGAUUCAACGUAUAAAUCAAGAAUGGGAAUUCUUUGAAGCUAUACACGCGUUUAUGACACGCAAAACAACAAAUCUCCAUUCGUAUGCAGUGACACAGAAAAUUGCCAAUGCCGGUGUUGGUAGUAACAAUAACAAUGUGGAGGAUAAUGAAGCCAUUGCAACCAAAAAUGCUGAUGAUGGUCACGUGGUAGACGAAGGCGGCGGCGGUCGUGGUGGAGGCACCAUCGAUAAUGAUGGCGUUACAACAGCAGUUGCCUUGCAAACCCUAACAAGAAGUCAUGACCUUCAACACCACCACCAUCAUCAUCACCAUCAUGUAUUGCCCUUGACACGAGAUAUAGGGUCGACAACUACAUCAUCAGCACCAGCAACGGCAGCAGCUUUAAUGAAAUUCAAAAAUGACUGUUCUAAAGAGAAUAUACCAAAUAACACCACCAUCUUGUUACAAGUUGCUGCUGCUGGCCCGGCUCCAACAGUUGCCGAGGGCACCCAAUUGUUUAGCAGUGAUACAAAUGAAGAAUUUGAAAUAAUUGGUGGCGACCGUGAAGUCAGCAACAGGGACAUCAAGGAUAUCAUUAAAAAUUGUGCCCGUAACACGGAUCAUGAUUUCUAUUCCAAAAGGUCGGCCAGCAAUAGCUUACUACGUAAAUUUCCCAUAGAAAACCAUCAAUUACAUUAUUUCAUGGACACCAGCGAAGAAUCAAUGGGUACGGAAUAUGUGCAGCACACAUCGUCCCUGGACAGCAGUUCCCUACCCUCGGUUAUGGAAAAUAUUGAAUUACACACCGAAAAUGCUCGUACCUUUGAAAUUAAGUCUGAAAAUCUAUCCCAAGCUCAGGUUAACAAUAUAAAACAGGAAAACUUUUCCAUGACUGAAAUGCCAUCGACCAGCAGCGAGAGAAACAAUUCACAGCAGAUACAAAAUCCCACAUCAACAUCAUCGGCCCCAAUGCCAGCCACCACUAUGGCCCGAGGGGAAGAAGGGGGCAGUUGUAACAACAAAAUGAGCGAGCGUGAUAAAUACUAUCGUCAUAAACGUCGUUUUAAUCGUCGCCUAGAGAAACGUUUUGAUGCCUUGUUAAAUGUUGUGGGCCAGGUUGUUAAGGCUGAAUAUCCCAGUGUGGAUGUUAAACCGUUGAUGGAUACUGUCGCUUCAUUGGCCACAAAUGUGGGACAAAUACUGAGCAGUGAAUCCGAAGAAACUGAUGAUGAUAAUGAUGGAGAAGAGACGGUUAGUGCUGAUUCGGAUGGUUGCGGUGGCGGUGACAUGAAGACUCGCCAAACACGCCCACCAAUAAAGGGAAAGAAAAAAUGAGUUAAUAUAUACAAAUUUUGUUUUGAAUUUAAAAUGAUGAAAAUGAUUGAUCUGUUUAAAAAGUUUGUUAGAAAAAAAAACGUAUGAAAUUUCAAAGGCUUUAUUUUUUUACACAACAAAAAAUCGUUACUAUAUUCGAAUAGGAAAAAAGUUUUAUUUUAGAAAAAGUUUUGCUGAUAAAUUAAAAGAAAAAUAAGAAGAAUAAACAAAGAAUUGCAAAUAAUAAAAUAUGAAAAUUGUUGAUGGAA